UGGAAGAGCACACUUCAUUGAUAUCUCCAAUCCUUCAUGGUUUCCUUCCUGAGCGUGUCAAAAAAUUUGACUUCACAUACAUCUAUGAAAAUGCAUAUUUAUCAUUCGGCAUGGCUAAACCCGAUCUUGAGCCUCGAUGGAAAAGCGUUUACUAUCCUCUGUCUACUGGAGUGUGGACGGCAAUGAUUGGGCAUGUUGUUUUCUUUCCAUUAAUUUUGUGGCAGCUCAUUCGUGCAGGACAUGGUGAGCACCCAAAUGUGGGCGUGGGACUGUGUUCCAGGAUAUGGUGGGGAUGCUGCUUGGUCAGAACCUUCCUCGCCGGGUGUCCUAUACCUCCUCCAGCAGGGUUCUGGUGGCUGCCUGGCUGGUGUUCGCACUAAUCCUCGGGUUGGCCUACCGCGGCAAUCUGACUGCUUCUCUCACCCUUCCCAAGUAUCCACCGCGCCCGGAGACACUCAUGGAAAUCGUCGACCAUGUUAACAUGAUAACAAUACCUAGUUACGGUACAAGCUUUCGAGAGUUCUACAGUGAUUCAGAAUCUCUGUUGUUUCAAACACUAGGGAACCUCAUGAGCCCUGGAACUUCACUCACGGAGGGACUCAAGAGGACGCUGGAGAAACGGAGCAGUCAUAUAGAUGCAAGAAAGAAUAUUCAGUAUGAAAUUCUGGACAAGUUUACGGAGGAAGACGGAAGCACCCCUCUAUACGUCACUCGUGGGUCCAUAUCCCCCACCCCUAGUGGCUGGCCAAUCCCGCACGACGCGCCAUACAAAGCUCAGUUGGACAGGUUGAUCGUGGCCAUCUUGGAGGCUGGCCUCUACGAUACUUGGACAGCAGAGUUGAUGAGGGAAACGAAGCUCAGAAGUCAGAGGAGACAGCGGCAACGUCACACUGCAGGUCACGAAGGCAAAGCACAACAGAGAACCAAAACUGAGGAUGGUUUACCAACCCUUACUAUUAACCAUACGCAGGGCGCCUUCAUUCUUCUCUUGCUGGGUCUCGUGUUUAACACACUCGUUUUUUCUAGUGAAAUAUUAUGUAAGAUAUAACUAUGUUAA